UGGACAUGACUGUUUGGUUACUGAUUAGAUGAAAUGUUAUAACACUGAGUGAUAAGACCUUACUUGGGAGCAAAGUGUCAGAGUCCUCUAUCCAUACUGAAGGACAGCACGGGGCAUCAUGAUCAUGGAACAGAAGACAGCACGAGAGCCAUGCUGCUCCAAAUUAAAGAUGUUUUUGGCUGCCAUGUGCUUUGUGUUCUUUGCCAAAGCUUUUCAGGGCAGCUACAUGAAAAGCUCCAUCACACAGAUUGAGAGACGCUUUGACAUUCCCAGCUCGCUGAUUGGAUUCAUUGAUGGAAGUUUUGAAAUUGGUAAUCUGCUUGUAAUAGCAUUUGUGAGUUACUUUGGUGCUAAACUUCAUAGACCACGGCUGAUAGGAGCUGGGUGUUUACUCAUGGCCAUGGGAUCCUUCAUAACUGCGGCACCACAUUUCUUUCAAGGACUGUACAAAUACGAGACAACACUUUCACAUUUGUCUGCCUCCAAUGGGACAGAAAGUACCCUACCAUGUUUAACUAAUGGGAGUCUUGCACAAGAUCAUGAAAUUCCCACAGUGGAAAGUCAAGCAGAGUGUGAGAAAGCAGCCAGUUCCUCCCUGUGGCUCUUUGUCUUCCUCGGGAACAUGCUUCGUGGCGUGGGAGAGACACCCGUCAUGCCUCUUGGGUUGUCUUACCUGGAUGACUUUUCAAGGCAGGAAAACACUGCUUUUUACCUGGCUCUCAUACAGACUGUGGGGAUAAUUGGGCCCAUGUUUGGAUUCAUGUUAGGAUCUUUCUGUGCCAAGCUCUAUGUGGACAUCGGAGCAGUGAACUUAGAUACCAUCAGCAUCAACCACAAAGACACGCGUUGGGUUGGCGCCUGGUGGCUGGGCUUUUUGAUAACUGGUGGAGUGAUGACACUGGCUGGAAUUCCCUUUUGGUUCCUUCCCAAGUCUCUUCCUAAGCAGGGUGAGACUGAAACAGAGAAAAAAUCGAAUGUUCUAGAGGGCGAACAGGACCGCUUCAUUGACAACAACAGUACUCCUCCCAACAAACCAGCUCCAGUUACCAUGGUGGCUCUGGCUAAAGAUUUUCUGCCAUCACUGAAGAAACUCUUCAGCAACAAGAUUUACCUGCUCAUCAUGUGCGCUGGUUUCAUUCAAGUCAAUGGUUUCAUAGGAAUGAUCACAUUCAAACCAAAGUUCAUGGAGCAAGCUUAUGGCCAAUCAGCAUCAAGGGCCAUAUUUUUGAUCGGCAUUUUAAAUCUACCAGCUGUGGCGUUGGGAAUCGUUGCUGGAGGGUUUAUAAUGAAGAAGUUCAAACUGAAUGUUCUUGGAGCAGCCAAGAUCUGCAUAGGUGCCUCUGUUCUGGCUUUCACUUUGCUGCUUAUUCAGUAUUUCCUGCAGUGUGACAACUCACAAGUGGCUGGACUUACAGUGUCAUAUCAAGGGGCUCCAGAAGUGUCCUACCAGAAGAAUACACUCAUCUCUCAGUGUAACACUGGUUGCUCCUGCUCUCUCAAGCACUGGGAUCCGAUAUGCGCCAGCAAUGGCAUGACCUAUGCCUCCCCCUGCCUCGCUGGCUGCCAAACCUCCACUGGGGUUGGCAGGGAGAUGGUAUUCCACAACUGCACCUGUAUUGGAGAGUCGUCUCUCCCCUAUGCAAAUAUGUCAGCAGUGCUGGGCCAGUGUCCUCGAAAGAAUGACUGUGACUACAUGUUUAAGUUCUACAUGGGGGUGUCAGUCAUUGGUGCUUUUAUUUCGGCUUGUGGGGCCACACCAGGUUACAUUAUUCUGCUCAGAACCAUAACACCAGAACUGAAGUCUUUGGCCCUUGGUAUGUAUAUGUUGGUUGUGCGGACACUGGGUGGCAUUCCCCCUCCAGUUUAUUUCGGAGCCUUGAUUGACAGGACUUGUCUGAAAUGGGGCACAAAACAAUGUGGAGGGAGAGGAGCGUGUCGUAUCUACGAAACAGGUGCCUUCAGAAAUUCUUUCUUGGGUCUUGUUUAUGGCCUGUAUGCUGCAUCCUACCUGUUUUGGGGAGUCCUGUACAAUAGACUGUCUCAUCUUGAAAAGAAGCUCAAAUUAAAGGACCAGUUAAAAGCUCAAGAACAGGAUGGCAGUGGUGUUUCUAAUAGCAAUGGGAAUGUGCCUUCAGCUAUUGUAAAAUGCAAUGAAAAUCCAGACCAGGAGACCACUAUCUGAAGUUAGGCUUCCAGUAAUUUUGCAAAGUCAAAUGUGUGUAUUGCACCAAAGUAACAGAGUGUUAGUAAAGUUAUAACUUCUACUUGUACAUUUAUUGAUAAGAGUAUUAUAUGCUGUUUGUAAACUCAUCGACAGGUCUUUUUUUUACAUUAGGUUCAACUCAAUCUUCAUUUUCAGUUAUUUCCUGGCUCCUGUAUUUUUUACGCAUUUAUAGAACGGCAUUCAAGCAGUAUCCAAUCCAACAACUACAGUAUAAGCUAGAAAGUAAUAUAUUAUAGUCAAAGAAAACAUGGUAUGGAUAAUGUGGUUCCUCAGACUAGAACAUUGUUACAUAGAAUCAUUGUUACAGUGGCAGGUCAUUGUGAGCUCACUGUUUCUUAGGAGUUUCUUGUCAUGACAUUAUGAUAUAUAUUGGGGUCACAUAUAUCAUCAUACUUUGUCAUUUAUAUAUAUAUAUAUAUAUUGCAAUGUUUUGUAAAAUUUCUGAAUGGAAUCAAAUUUUAUGUAUGCAGCUGUAAAUAAUGGACAGUAUGUCAUGUACAUGGAACAUUGGAUCCUUUUGCAACAUUGCUUAUGAAAUUAAAAUUCUUUCUUUGUAAGUCCUUUACAUAUAGAAUAAAAGAAUUUGUCUGUG